CAAAGUUUGGUGGAGAAAUGGAAGCAGUGGAAAAGAACGCCAAGUCUCUGUUCACGGCUUAUGAAUUGUGGGUGUUUCUUCAGUGUGGGAAUUCCUGAACUCUAAUGAGUAAAAACCACCAACCCUCCUCCAACCCUCUCCAGCUGGUUAUAUGAGCCUGAGUGCUAUUGUGCUAGUCCAGAGGAGACGGCUGAACUCUGAGGAGCACAUCAUGAAGCUGAAUUUGGCUGCUGCUUUGGCGUUGUCACUUGCCUUCAUCUCUCCUGUUUGUUGUCAGCAGCCUGUAAACUGCAGAUGGGGGCCUUAUGGAGACUGGUCUGAGUGUGAUGGCUGCACAAGUACAAAGGUACGAACUCGACACGUGGAAGUGUUUGCCCAGUUUGGCGGUGUGCCGUGCUCAGGAGAGGCCACUCAAACACAAACAUGUGUCCCACAGAAAAGAUGUCCACUGGAAGCAGGCUGUGGAGACAGGUUUCGCUGCAACUCUGGUCAGUGUAUCAGCCAGUCUCUAGUGUGUAAUGGAGACCAGGACUGUGAGGACGGGCUGGACGAGCGAAACUGCGGCGAAGACAACAGCCUGGCCACGUGUGACCUCGACAAAACACCUCCAAACUCUGACUUCACAGGUCGAGGGUACGAUGUGCUAACAGGGAAACUGAGAGCAGGUGUGAUCAACACUCGAAGCUUUGGAGGGCAGUGUAGGAAGGUGUUCAGCGGUGACCAUAAAGUCUUGUACAGACUGCCACACAACAUCCUCAGAUAUAACUUUGAGGUGACAGUAGACAAUGACGAGAGCGACGAAUCCUACGAGAGCUCUUGGUCCUACAUGCAGCACAUCCAGAGCAACGCCUUUCUGGUGCACGACCGGCGCACGUUUCACAAGGAGGUUACUAACAACAAGGCCUACCGACUUAUAAUCCUGAAGAAUAAAGUGGAGCUGGCCCAGUUUCAAAACUCUGCCCCCCAGUAUCUGACUCUGGCCGAAGGCUUCUGGAAGGCCUUGUCCUUGCUGCCCCUCACAUAUGACUACUCGGCCUACCAUCAGGUGCUCCAGAAGUAUGGCACACACUACCUUUCCGAGGGCUCACUUGGAGGCGAAUACCAAGCCUUGUUGGAGUUAGACCGUCAGGCACUCGCAUCUACCAGUACGACAGAUAUAGAUUACCAGAGGUGUUGGAGGAAAGUUAAGCGCCGUUUCUUCAGGAAAAAAGUCAAAACAGUCUGUGAAAAACUGACAAAAUCUGUAUCAAGCAGCCACGGAAGCAGUGUUAACAAGAUGCCCAUUAAGGUCAAUGUGUUCGGAGGAGAUAUAGGACUCAUUGGUGCUCUGAGUGUUCUGGAUCUGGAAAACCCAGAAGCUAAUGGAGAAGUUUACGAUAACUGGGCUUCAUCUGUCAAAGACUUCCCUGAAGUCAUAAACCAGAAGCUGCGCCCUCUGUAUGAGCUGGUUAAGGAAGUGCAGUGUGCAGGACUGAAGAAGCUCCACCUGAAAAGGGCCACAGAGGAGUACCUGGCGGAGGAGCAUCCCUGUCACUGCCGGCCGUGUCAGAACAACGGUCAGCCACUGCUGACGGGCUCCGAAUGUCGCUGUGUCUGCCGCCCGGGAAUCUCAGGACGAGCAUGCGAGAACGGAGCUGUGAUUGGAGAACAACCAGGGGUGAUCCACGGCAGCUGGAGCUGCUGGUCUUCCUGGGGCUCAUGCUCUGGAGGCCAAAGGUCAAGAACCCGAAGCUGCAAUAACCCUGCCCCCAGCAGAGGUGGUCAACAUUGCACGGGACUGCAGGUGGAACAGAAGCCCUGUGAUGACCCAGACAUCCAAUAUUUACAGAUGAUGGAGCCCCAGUGCUUCAGUCUUUCUGUAACUCCACCAAAAACCUGUGGGCCUCCUCCAAACCUCAGGAAUGGAUUUGUUCAGAAUCCCAGAGAUUUUUACCUGGUUGGAAACACGGUGGAGUACUCCUGCGUGGACUGGUAUUACCUCAGUGGAAAUGCAGUAGCAACAUGUGCUGAAAACCAGAAGUGGACUACAGGACCGAGGGUUUGUAAAAGUUCCACAUGUGGGAUUCCCUCACUCAACAAUUUAGUUGUAGCCACACCAACCAAGCAAGCCUAUGAGAUUGGAGACAGUGUGUCCCUGUCCUGCCCCGAGGGCUCGGUGAUUGACAGAGAGGUGUCGGAGAUCAUCUGCACUCCCAGUCUGCAGUGGUCUCCUUCUCCUGCUGUUGCUCAUUGUACAGCAGCCCCCACAGCUCCCUCUCCUCCUUCUGGCCUAACAUGUAAACUAUGGGAGACUCUGGGAAAGAACGAGUGUGUCUGUAAAAUGCCGAAUCAGUGCACGACUUCUCUGCAGCUGUGUGCCACACUUCGUGCAAACCAUAAUAUGGUGCUAGAUGUCUGUAAGCUCGGAGCUCUGCGGUGUAUGGGCCGGAACUUCGUGUUAACCAGUGACAGCGACUGCCGGUGGCCAGAGAAGAAGUUUACAUCCUGCGAGGAUUGCCAGCCGGGGACAAUCUGUCAAGAAGCAGAGAGGAAAUGCGUGUGCAGGAAUGCAUCAGAAUGCCCCAAAGACUCUACUCCACUCUGCGUUAGCUCCGGUGACGGCAGCACUCACGUGACCACGACUGAAUGUGAGGCGGGGGCCAGGCGAUGUGCUGGAGAGCAGGUCAAUGUGAUCAGUAUUGAUCCCUGCCAAUAAUAAAGAUGCUGGUUUCGGCUUUUUCUCUCUGAAAAUUUUGACAUUGUACAUACAGUGGGGCAAAAAAGUAUUUAGUCAGCCACCGAUUGUGCAAG